AUGUUGGAGGUUCACAUUUCGAGUGCCACCACAGGCCAGAACAUCAGUGUGGUGCAUGCAGGCCAUGAUUGGACAGUGCAUGAGCUCAGCGGAAAGCUCGCUAGCCAGCUGGAUGUUUUGCCGUAUUCUCAAGUACUGCUGCAUGGGGCCCAACCUUUGAAAGGCCACGAGCGGUUACAGGAUUUCUUGGAUGCGGAAGGGGCAACUACCCUGGAACUUCAGUUGUUGCGCAAGUCAUGGGUGGUGACCGUUGCCGACCAUCGGCCGGAAAGCAAAAGUGCUGGAAAGGCAGGCUCCGGCGACAAACUGGAGGUCGACGUCGAAGCGUAUCCUGGUUGUUCCUUGAGGGACUUCUGUGCCCGCGUCGCUGAGAAAUUUAAUUUCAAGCCAGCAACCCGGCCCCAGCUUGCCGUCAAUGGGCAGAGUAUCAACUGGCAGACAGAGUCUGAGACGAGUUUGGCCGAUUUGGGCAUCCAGCCAGAUUCAAACGUGCGUGUGAUUGGAGUUUCAGACUUGCCUUUAGUGUGCAUUGGGACCCCUGCCCUGCAAAGCCGAAGGUCGGAGUUUCUGGAAUCCAACUGCGCUUUGAGCCUGAUAGAUCAGUGCCAAGCAGGCCAUUUUCACUUCUAUCCGCAGCGGGGGGCCGCUUGGAGGCGCGCACAACCCUCACUGCAGGUCCUGCAUUCCGGCGAAUCCUCGCGCCACUGCGAUGCGAUCUUUCAGAUUGCAGGGUUCCUCACAGAAACGGAGUGUAACAGCAUCAGUGCCAGCGCGAAUGCACUGGCGCUGCCACCCACGAAAGUGGAGUGCUUCAGGGGCACCCGUCGCUAUCAACGGCUGGUGGCGCGAGACGGGCGCCUAGCUUCCCAGCUGUGGGAACGGGCGGAGCGCUGGGUACGGAAGGCCUUUGCGGACAGGAGUACGCGGCCCUUAGGUUUUGGUUGCGUGCAGGGCGACUGGGAAUUGGCAGGGCUGAACCCUUGUUUCCGUGUGAAUUCCUAUGGUCCCGAGGGGUUUCUGAAACCGCACCGUGAUGCGCCUUUCAGCCCAGAUGUGAAUGCACGGUCACUGUGCACGCUGCUCAUUCCACUCAGCUCUGUCGGCAAAACCCGCUUCUUCCAUCCAGUGCAGGAAGGCUUUGAUUAUCGUGGGAUGACCCUGCAAGAAGAGCUCGAAGCCCGGGGUGGUUUGGCUGCUGGGUUCCGUGCCCUGGACGUGUGCCUCUCUGCAGGCUCGGCGCUCCUGUUUGGUCAGGGCUUGCUCCACGAGGGCAUCCCGGCAGAUGGGAACCAGCGCAAGGUGCUACUUCGGACUGAUGUCCUGGUGCGGCGCAGGCCGCCAGUGCCAGCGGUGCUCAUGACGGCUGCCGAGCGGAAGGACCAGACUGCAGCCCUGCGGUGGUUCAGGGAAGCGCAGCACCAGGAGUUAAGGCAGAAGCCUUGCAACGAUCUUUACGAGCGGGCGCUUUCUUACCGGUACUUCUAUCCUAGCGAGGACGUCGAUGAGAUGUUGGAACCAGUUCGAAGCAUCCGGCCUGACACUGCGGCUGUGGAUCAACCGUCUGUUCUCCCGAGCACAAGGCUUGAGAGAUAUCCCGACUUCGUGCAGCCUGAGCUGAUCCAUUUGAUGGGCCCGGUCGCCGCCUUCAGGCUUCCACACGAGCAGCCAACGGAGCCCAGCAGCCAGAACAACGGGUUCGCGGACGACACCCCACCUGCCCCAAAGUCACAGAGCACGGCAAAGCACUUGCGAGCCUCGGCCAUGUAUGCGCUGCAUAUGCUGGGACACCAUGGAUACAGCCAAGCAGUGUACACGGUGAACUUCGACCCCCAAAGCCAGCAAGUCACCGCCGUGCCCCUGAAAGACUUGCUGGUGGCAGCUUUUGAGGCACGGCCCUGCUACGGUGCCAUUUACAAUGUGGCUCAGCGCCAUGACACGGUGGAGGAGGACUUCGAGGCUGCAGUCGACCGGACGAACAUGGCCCUACAGCACGGCUGUGCCCACAUCGGCCUGGACCUCCUGGCAGGCUUGAAGAGCGAGGUCUUCGCCGGUGAUUACAGCAGUGGCGGUGUGGAUCUGCGCGACGAUGACAAGAUCGAGGAGCUUCAUGGAAGGCGUUUCAGCGCAAGCAUCCGGCAAAAAUACCAGGACAGCUUCAGUGGCCGCUCAUGGCCAGCACCGGAAACACCUGACUGGCAGAGGUAUUUGGGCAAGCUUCUGUCGGACGAGGCUGGCAAACCUGGUUUGGAUCUUGUUGCGACGGCGGUGGGCGAGCGCAACUUGUCGUUAGACAUGGGCCAUGUUGAGGAGGACAUUGACGUCGAGGCGCGACCCUUGAAUCAUUUGGUCUUCGAUUUCAGCAAGCACGAACUGGUAGUGCACUCGCAUGCCCAAGCGCCAAGUCCCAGGGCACCGUACGACCCUGAAGCUUUGUGGCUGGAACUUCUGCAGCAGUGGUAUACACACUGGUCUCAGCCGAAACCGCGCAUACCGCGGCUGCCGAAACCGCGGAUACCGCGGCUGAGGAGGGGAAGGAGCAGCCCCAGGUCUCGUUCAUCAAGCAGACCCUCGAGUCCGGCACCUGACCGCAGCCCAAGCCCGAGGAGACGAAAAACCGAAGGCAAGACGUGCACAACUAGCACAGCCUCCACCGCAACCUCCACAGCCUCCACCGUGCGCCUUUAUGACGACCUGAAGCUUAACAGAAGCCAGGGUGAGGGACUCCAACCGUUGGAAGACAAGCUGCAGGGCAACGUGGUGCUCAAAAUCACAGCUCGUUCAGAGCCUUUGGGUCAAGUUCGUCCUGUCACUCUUAUUAAGGACACUGCGGAGUCCCUGGCGGUGUUUAUUGAUGGCAAGGCUUUGCAUUGCAUGGUGCGUGGCGCGAUGGACGUUCUGCCCCACAAGAACUGCAUCCAGUGGUCCACAGGAGGACAGACGAGUUGCUGGAUUCUGGACGACAUCGACCCGCAGGCUGUGACUGAUUUUCUUGGUUCUCCUGGAUACAUCUUUGAACGUUAUGAGGUUUCUCUAGCCGCGAUUGCGCGGGAGGGCGCGGGCUUCCACCAUGCGGCUGAGAUGAAUGGCGUCGAGAGGAUCUUGCAAGUACAGGUUGAGCACGCCGGCCUUGCUCUGUCUGACCACACCACGACUGUACUUUGUGGCGUGGCAGCUGACCCGCAGACGGAGGCUGCGGUGGUUUGGACAAUCUACCACGGCUUGUCUGCCUUGUGA